AUGUCUUCGCAACAUUACCUUGCUGAUGAAGAUCUAUUCACAUCGCUUUCAGAGACCCGGCGGCGAAUCAAGCAAGAAGAUAGCCUGACUUUGCAGCAAAAGGCUAGCAUGAGCUUUGACCACUGCGGUGUGGUUGAGCCGCGCUCUACGCGGCGUAAGGACUGCGCGUCGUUCCUACAAAGCCCAGCUCUUCGUGAAUACUGCCAGGAGAGAAAAUGCAUGACACUCUCUCAGAUCCAUAAAAGCUUCGUGAAUAUGGACCGUUUUCGAGCCGUUCUCACUAAACAACGUGCCUUUCGAUACCCCAAGGGUAGAGAUAUUGCAGGUAUUCAACAUGAACUUCACCGUGAUCCAACUUUGCAGUCAUAUAUACGGGAGGUCUAUGAUAAUGAGUAUGGUCUUUUCGUCUUCUGCGCUCUUGAAGCCCAAAUUCGAUAUUUAGCCUCACUUGACUCAUUUGAGGUGGAUAUGUCGUAUAAACGGGUUAAAGGCGACGUCAUCGAAGUAAUAUUCGCAACCCUUAUACAGGAGCAUGGCAAGAAUCAAGAGUCACCAAAUGCUUAUGAGUUUAUCUUUAGCCGAGUAUUCUACUUGAUCCAGAAGAUUACGAACGAAUCAGUCUCGGGCAGCACCUCCAGAGAAUAG